AGUUUAUAUCUACUCCUGCAUCUCCAUUUUUCCCCAAACGCGACGGCCGUCUUGGCUCUUCCCCUCUCCCGCCCCCGAACGCUUUUAUACCCAUCCAUCUCCAUCCUUCGCACCCCCGAUUCGUACGAGCGACCAGCAUUUCGCAACCGCUUGUCCGUUAUUCCCGGCCCGGCCAAGACUUUUGCUUCACCAUCGCGCCUCUUCACUCCGCACCCGUUGCUCGAGCUAGGCAGUCUAGUGAGGUAGUGAGCCAAACGAUACCCGCCUCCUUUCAGCCUUAUUCCCCCCCGGCCGGCUUUUGUUCAGCUGCUGCAGCUGGGCACAGGAGAUCGACGACCCACGGCAGCACAGAACCGCAAUCGCGCAUGUCGAGCUCCCAUUUCCCGCCGCCGUUGUCGUACAGCAGCGGCCAAGGCGCCAUCGGACCUUCGGUGAUCCAUUCGCCUCCAGCCAUUUUAAGUCCCGAUUCCACCAAUUCCAUUUACGCCUCGCCCGAUUCAGGUCACCAUCAGCCGUUCUACCUGCACAAAUCGGACCCGGAAGACGAGAUUAGCACUGGCAGCAGCGCUGCCGCCGGCCCCUCAUUAUCGGAGCCCCUGAAAAAGAAGCAGAAACGCAACAAACCAACGCUCUCUUGUUACGAGUGUGUCGAGCGCAAGACAAAAUGUGACAGAGGCAGACCACAUUGCUUGGCAUGUAUAAAACGGCAGACAGAAUGUCGCUAUGCACAUGUCGCAAACCUCCUAGAGGAGACGUCGCGAUCUGCUACCAACGGUCGGCGGAUGACAAAACCUCCUAAGAAAAGGCUGUCGGCCAGCGGGAUAAAGACGCCGGCGCCAAAUAUAGCAGACCGGGGUAUCAUGAACGGAAACAUGGCGACACGUGCAUCCGUUGCAUCGUCAGCCGGCCUACUCUCUAACAUCCCUUUCUCGCACCCCACAGCUUUCAAUGUCUUUGGGAUAGGCUCAGAACACCCCUUCGCCAAUUACUGGACCUGUGAGGGUGGUCUCCCCGAGGUGAUUGGGGUCCUCCCCGAGAAGCUCCAAGCCGACAUACUGCUGAGCCAGUACUUUGAGUGUGUUGACCCUGUCUACCCGAUGAUACAUAGCCAGACUUUCUAUGCCGAGUAUGAGCAAUUCUGGAUUCUGAAAGACUCAGGACAAAACAACGCAUCAUUUGUAUCACUAGUUUUCGUCAUGCUCGCAUUAGGAACACAAUUCGUCUCGAGUACGAAUCCCCAGGAUCGAAAACAGACCGCUGAGUUCUACGCCUCAGCUGCCAACCAGGCGUUGCGUAUGAGCUCGUACCUCAGCACUGCCUCUAUCCACUCGGUCCAAGCCAUGGUAUUGCUCUGCUACUUCCUAAUCAACGAUAGCCAUGUAUCAGACGGCUGGGCCUAUGCAGGUAUACUCAUGCGCCAAGCGUACGCUAUGGGCCUACACAGGGACCCUAACAUCGUGACACCGACUGCGUCACCGUUCGAGAAGCAGCAGCGGCGAAAGCUAUGGCAGGCAGUUUUGCUCCAAGACACUUUCUUGACUGUGCUUCUCUCUCUACCCCCAAGCGCCACACAUACCGAUGUGAGGAUAGACGAUUUCGCCGAGCAAUCGGGCCACAUGAGCCAUGCGGACCCCAUUGACACAGCUUAUAUCAAGGGUUCGUGGAUGUUAGCAAACCUGGUGCAGGAAACGAUAUGCAGCCCACGAUCGCUUGACAUGCCCAUCUGCUCUACUCAGCGGCAAAAGUCUAAACUUGUGGCCGACUUCCGCUCCGUGUACCGGUCGUUUCCGGACAUCUUCCGCUCCUGGGACCCAGACACGAUCGCACAGCUCGCCAAUAACAACAAGCGCGUAGUGCGGCAGGCGCUUUUCCUCAGCUCCAACUACUACCACAACCUUAUGCUCGUCCAUGCCUCCGAGAGCCCCGAUGUACCUGUCAACAUCCGCGGCACGCUCGAGGCGGCCCACGAGGCUAUAACCACUUUCUUCGUCCUCUUCACGCUGUUUGACACCGAGGCACGGGUAUGGUGGGUCUUCAACCACAGGGCAUUCCUCGAGGCCCUGUGUAUAGGUGGUGUGCUACGGGAAGCGACGCGAGAUCCUUCUACGGCCGAUCUCAUGACGCGGGACCCGCUCUUCGCGAAGGCCAAAGCGGAUAUAGCACGCAUGAUCCAAAUUAUGAAAAUUAUGGGUAACGGGGGAUACGGCUCUGAAGCUGCUCGAACUAGAGUCUCGGUUCUGAGCGAGUUUCUUUGAGCGAGGAGACUCGACUGUGGUACCCAGUAGAUGGCGGAAAAGAGUCUAUGUUCAAUCACCGCCUGUCAAGCUACAAAUUUGAGAGCAGUGUAUCGUACGCCCUCCUAUCCUCCUUGUAAGG